AUGGCCGAAGUGUCUACCAUGACCCUCCAUGCCAUCGUCUUCUCUGGAAAGAGCUUUGAAAUCAGCACCCGGCUGACUUGUCCUCUUUGGCGCUUGCGGCGUCUCAUCGAAGAAUGCUUGGGCGCACUCGUCGAGUCGCGCGUGGCACGGCGCGGUGCUGACCGCGAUGUGGUGCUUCGGCUGGAGGGUCAGCGCACCGUGGCUGAUGCAGGACUAGAGGACCGGGCUCAGCAUGCGAAGACCGGGGGCAGCAAAUGGUGUGUGGCUGAAAAGGAUUUGCAGGAUGGCGACCAGCUGUUGGUGGCGCUCCGCGACGGCGUCGCCUGCGCCUGCGCCACGGGGGGGGCGGGCCUUUGCGCUGCGGAGGCAGGACGGCGAAGUCGUCUGCUGGGGCGACGGGGUGUCUGGUGCCUCGGCAGGCGAGAGCCCAGAAUACCUGAGGGGCGCAAGGCAUAUGGUGGCGACCAGCCAGGCACUCCGUGCAGUGCAGCAUGGGUGGACCGGGCCUUCGCCUUUGUCCUACCGGACGGCACGGUGCGUCACUGGCCCUCCCACACCCCCUGCGCCUCCCGCUCGUCGACCGUGCCCAAGCGCGUGGGCCACGCGGCGUUUCGGCGCGGUGAUGACGUGGUGAAGCUCUGUGCGACGAGCAGCGCGGUGGCCGCGCUGCUGGCCGAUGGUUCAGUGGUAACCUGGGGUGAAGGAUUCUUUGGUGGCGAUAGCAGUGCCGUCCAAGCGCAGCUCGACGGCGUCGUGGACCUUUGCAGUUCCACCGGUGCCUUCGCCGCGCGGCGCAGCGACGGCCGCGUGGUCGCCUGGGGAAGCGAGGCGGUAGCACUAACCCAACCCUUCCCCAGCAAAUUCAAACCGCGCCUGCUCAGAACUUCUUCGGGCACCGUGGUCCUGUGGGGCGACGAAGAGUAUGGCGCCCAAAUGGACGAGGUGCGUGCCUUGCGGAAGGUCUGGCGGUUGAAGGCCUCGGUAGGGGCCUUUGCAGCGGUGAAGGAGGACGGCUCCGUGGUGACGUGGGGAGACCACUACUAUGGAGCCUUCAGUGGCUUCGUACAAGAUCAACUUCGAGAUGUGGAGGAGGAAGCCACCUCCUCGGCCUUUGCGGCUCGCACGCGUGGGGGCCGUGUGAUCACCUGGGGAGAUGCGGAAGCCGGUGGAGACAGCAGUGCCUCGACGAGACAGAGCGGCUGCGCCAUGGAAUGUACCCUCCAGAUCUUUUGGACUCCAAAUACCGUUUGGGCGCCGGUCAUCGUGUCAGGUGCCGUGCAGCAGCAGCUGCAGCAGGUCAUCCGGCUGUGCGCCUCCGUGAGCGCCUUCGCUGCGCUGCGAGCGGAUGGGACGGUCAUCACCUGGGGUCACCCCGACUACGGCGGCACCGGCCCGGCCGCAUCCGGCCUCCCCAGCGUGUCACCGGUGCGGCGGCUGUGGGCCACGAGCGCGGCCUUCGCCGCUCUGCGCGACGAUGGGCGGGUCAUCACCUGGGGCUCAGCAGCGGCCGGUGGAGACAGCAGAGGAGUGGAAGAGCCGCUUGGAGAUGGGAGGAGGUUGGGAGAGAGAGGUUGGGAAGACGGGCAGGGAGCAACUUCGAAAUGUCUACGAGACCAAAUCGAAUCCGGGCAGUUGAUCUCCAUCGCCGCCGAGACAACUUCCGCACGUCCAGCGCCGAAUGAAAAGCACCGCUUAAGUGGGUGCACCUUCAGCAGCUACCCGAAGGUCCAGGAGCACUUCACGCUCCGGAAGCUGCAAGAAAGGGUAUGGCGCUUGGAAGCCGAGAACAAGGAGUUGAAGGUUCAAAACUCCAUCCUGAACACUCAGUACACCUCGCAGACCGAGACGCAAGCAGAUAUUCUCAGGACGCUGCACGCGAACUUGGAGGAGAACUACGCAACCAUCGACGAGCAGAAGCGGAGGAUUGAAGAGCUUGAGCAGUUGAUGGACGAUCAGAAGCAACAAGCCAAAGACGACUUGGACGCUGCGAUGGCGCUGAAAGACAACGACAUCGCCAAGCUGAAAACCCAGAAGGAAGAAUUGCAGAACCAACUCGACGAGGUCCGAGAGUUUCAGCGGAACAAGGAGAACAUGGAGCAGGAGUUGGCUGCCUUAAAGCAACAGCUGGCCGACACCAAAGAGGAGUUUCAGCGGAAGAUGAGCGACAUGGACCGAAAGAAGGCCAUGGACAUGCGGACGCUGAGCAAGGACUUUGAGAAGAAGGUAGAGAUCGAAGCUGCAAAGCUCCGGGCGAGAACCAAGGAUCAGCUGGAUUCCACGACCAAGCGGACCAUCAUGGAAAAUGAGCAGAUGUUUACCGAGCUUCAUUUCCAGAGCAAAGAGACGGAAAAGCUCAUGGAGAGGAACCAGUCCCUGCUGGAAGAGAACGCGCAGCUGCGGCGGAAUCUGGUCAUCCACAAGGACUUGGAGAAUGAGUUGGCCAGAAGAACUCAUCUCUACCAGCGACUGCUGAAGAAGAUGGAUCAGAAGUUGAAGUCAGAAGCUUCUCAAAAAAGAGCCCGGACCAGCACGCAGGGGAAAUCCAUGGAAUCCGUCAUGGAGCAGGAGAAUCCGUUGACUGGGCUGCGGGAAUGCAUGAACAUCUCCUCCGAAGAGUACAGUCGCGUGCAAAGACAGAUGGAGGAUCAUCAGAGUACUCUGCAGAUGGUGCGGCACGAGUUCGCGCAGUACCGCCGGGACCAUGCGACCUUGGCCCAGCUCCAGGACCAGAGCACACGGCUCAUCAUCUCCGCCCUUUAUGAGCUGAAGCAGCAGAAGGACCAAGCGCCCUUCCCGCCCACGACGUAUGACCCAGAGGCGGAGUGGCAGUUCACCAACAUGACCCCGAAGCAGAAGGAGUACUUCUUUCGAGUUUUGUUGGAGAAGUUGAAUAGCAGCAUGUGUGCCAUGUGCUUCCCCGUGGGUCCAGAGGCCUCGACUGCUAGCUUGCCGCCCAUUGGCAAAGAGAAGGAGGCAACGCGCUUCUCUCAGUUCCUUUGGUCAGUUGCAGAUAGUGGCUCAGUCCAAGGGCGGCAAGAGAUGUGCACCAAGGGUUGUCAGACCGAAACCUCGGCCAAUGACCCCUGCCUCAAGGAGGGCAUUUGGAAUCCCAAGGGAAAGACCUCGCACUUGAACUCCGCGGGCAUGCUCACUGCGGGCAUUGCUGGGGGGACCCGGGCAAAGCGAAGUUCCGACCGGUGGAAAGGCAUUGAGAGGUUGUGGUUGCUGUUGUUGUUGUCGUCGCCAAGUCAUGCGAUGGCUUCGGGUGUUUCUUUGGUGUUUUUUUUAUCGUUGUUGUCUUGCUGUUUGUGGCACUGGUAUGGCUUUGUAAAAUCAAAGUAUACUAGUAGGUAUAACCACCAGGGUCACAGGGUGGGUAUUUCUUUGAAUGUUUUGUGA